AUGCAGACCAAACAUUUCUUUACCGAUCCAAACCACCUGGUUCUCACCGCGCUUAACUCGCUUACAAUCACAAAUCCAUCGUUGGCCCUAGAUCGACAGAAUAAGAUCAUUUUCCGCCGUCCAGAUGCACCCCGCAGAGCAAACAAAGUCUCCAUCGUGACGGGCGGCGGCUCCGGCCAUGAACCCGCAUUUGCAGGCUUCGUCGGCCACGGACUGUGCGAUGCCUCAGUCGCCGGUACGAUCUUUGCCUCGCCAUCUGCCGAGCAGAUCCGCAGAGCGGUGAUCGAUCGCGUCCCCACUGAAAACGGCGUGCUGAUCAUUCCUAUGAACUAUACCGGUGAUGUGCUGAACUUUGGAAUGGCCACGGAGAAGUCCCGUGUUGCCGGUAUUAAGACGGAGUUCUUCGCUAUCAAUGAUGAUGUUGGUGUUGGUCGCGUGAAGGGUGGAAAGGUCGGUCGUCGUGGUAUUGGCGGUGGUGUGUUGAUUCUGAAGAUGGUUGGUGCUUUGGCCGAAGCUGGUGGUUCCCUAGAUGAAGUCUACGCUCUAGCCCAGCUGGCAAACGCAAACCUAGUCUCACUGGGAUCAUCUUUGGAACACGUCCACGUACCAGGCCGCGGUGUUCCCGAAGACACAAUUCCGCACGGCGAGGUCGAAGUCGGCAUGGGAAUCCACAACGAGCCUGGCUCGCACCGAGUCAAAUUCGAUCUCGCUGAGCUAGUCAAGAGCAUGCUGCUCCAGCUACUCGACCACAACGACCCAGACCGAUGCUACGUGACCCACACACCGGAGGACGAGUUUGUGCUGCUAAUCAACAACCUCGGUGGUGUCAGCCCACUCGAAUUGGCCGGUAUCACAGACGAAGUCUAUCGCCAGCUCCAGCGAGACUACCAGGUGAACACGGUCCGCGUGAUCCAGGGCACAUUCCUGACCAGCCUGAACGGUUUCGGCUUUAGCGUCUCACUAAUGAAGCUGGUCGACCCAGGUCUAAGUGUGAAAGCUACUAUGCUCGAGCUUCUUGACGCCCCCGCUGAAGCGGUCGGCUGGUCUGCUCCGAUCAAUACCUCUACCUGGGAAAACAACCGUAAUGCGGGCCCCGUCGAUCUAAAGACAUCUAAUCUGGCCGAAGACAUUCACAGCAAUCUCCAACUCGAUCCAGCCGUAGUCAAAAAAGUCCUCGGCGCUGGUCUGCAGCGCGUAAUCAAUGCUGAAGCCGAAGUAACUCGCUACGACACGAUCGUCGGGGACGGCGACUGUGGCAUUGGUCUAAAGCGCGGCGCUGAAGCAAUUCAAUCUCUCCUCAACGACACAAAUACUCCUCUUACAAACGACAUCGUGAGCACUGUCGCACGGAUCGUGACAGUCGUCGAGAACGUAAUGGACGGAACAUCUGGCGCAAUCUACGCGAUCUUCCUAAACGCACUAGCACAUGGGCUACUGGCCCAGGACACUUCCUCACCAACGGAAAUCACAACACAGACGUGGGCGAAGGCGUUGAAAUCUUCGUUCGAGGCACUUGGAACAUAUACGCCUGCCAAGGUUGGUGAUCGGACGCUUAUUGAUGCGCUUGCGCCGUUUGUGGAUACAUUGCUUGAGACUAGCGAUGUGAGGGUUGCGGCGACGGCGGCGCAAGAGGGGACUGAGUCCACGAAGGCUAUGAAGGCGAGUCUUGGGAGGAGUGUUUAUGUUGGCGGCGAGCAGGAGUGGAUUGGGAAGAUUCCUGAUCCUGGGGCUUUCGGGUUGUCUGAGUUCCUGGCAGGGCUUGCUGAGGGUGUUUAG